AUGUUUCCAAAGUGUAAUUUGGCUGUUGGUUGCUGGGUAUGGAGGACCACGAGGAAGCUGUUUCUGUUGCUUUCAGUCUUGCUGUUGCAUGUGGCUCAUCUGGAAGGCAAGAAGGAUAAUCAGUUCAUCUGGAAAGCAGGUCCCUGGGGAAGGUGUUCAGGAGACUGUGGAGUUGGAGGAGUUCAGAGUCGAGCAGUAUGGUGUUUUCAUGUUGAAGGGUGGACAAGCCCUCUGUCUCACUGUGAUGAGGGAAGCAAGCCUCCAAGGGAAAGAAGUUGCUUCCGAGUCUGUGACUGGCACCGUGACCUCUUCCAGUGGGAAGUUUCUGAUUGGCAUCGCUGUGUCCUUGUUCCUUACACUCAGGGUGAAGUCAAGCCCAAAGCCGUGGACUGUGUGACAGCUCAGCACGGCCUACAGCACCGGACAGUGCGCUGCCUACAGAAGCUGAACAGAACCAUGGUCGCCAGCGAAAUCUGUGAACACUUUGCUCCUCAGCCCCCCACAGAACAAGCCUGCCUCAUUCCUUGCCCCCGGGAUUGUGUUGUGUCGGAGUUCUCACCCUGGUCCAAGUGUAGCCAAGGGUGUGGGAAGAACUUGCAGCACAGAACUAGGGUGGCCAUUGCGCCCCCGCUUUAUGGAGGUUUGCAAUGCCCAAACCUGACUGAAUCAAGAGCUUGUGAUGUGCCCAUUUCCUGCCCUCUUGGGGAAGAGGAACAUACUUUCAGCCUUAAAGUUGGACCAUGGAGUAAAUGUAGACUCCCUCAUCUUAAAGAAAUGAACCUCAAUGGAAGGACUGCUUUGGAUUUUAGUUCGGAUUCAAAGGAGGAAGUGGCCUUUAAACAUCAGAGCUACAAAGCACACUACCAUUCCCAGCACUGGGAUGUAGAGAUUGGUUAUCAAACCCGGCAAGUUUGGUGCUCCAGAAGUGACGGAAGAAAUACCCUACUAAGCCUUUGUAUGCAAGACUCCUUCCCACUGACUGUCCAGCCCUGCAUCAUGCCUAAGGACUGUGAAACCUCUGACUGGUCCUCCUGGAGUCCCUGCUCUAAGACAUGUCGAUCAGGGACUCUCUCACCUGGAGUUAGGAGCAGAAGCCGGAAUAUAAAGCGCAUUGCUAUUGGGGGUGGACAAGAGUGCCCAGAACUUCUUGAGAAAGAGGCUUGCAUUGUUGAAGAACUUCUGCAGCCAUGUCCCAGGUAUUCCUGGAGAACAUCAGAAUGGUCAGAAUGCCAAGUCUCUCUCCUCCUCAAGCAGCAAGACCCUCAUUGGCAUGAAACAGGACCGGUGUGUGGCGGUGGGAUCCAAACCCGGGAAGUGUACUGUGCAGAGAGUCUCCCAACAACCACCACACAAAGGACCAAGGAAGUCCUUAGACCCGUAGAAAACACACUAUGUUUUGGACCUGCCCCUUCUGCCUCUCAGCUCUGCAACGUUCCUUGUUCUACUGAUUGUAUAGUUUCUUCCUGGUCAGCCUGGGGCCAGUGCACUCAUGAAAACUGCCAAGAUCCCCAGGGGAGGAAAGGUUUUAAAAUGAGGCAGCGUCAUGUGCUUAUGGAAUCCACAGGGCCUAUGGGGCAUUGUCCUCAUUUGGUGGAAUCUGUUCCUUGUGAGGAUCCAAUGUGUUAUCAAUGGCUGGUAUCAGAAGGAAUCUGUAUAGCUGAUCAUGGAAAAUGUGGCCCUGGACAUCACAUCCUGAAGGCUGUCUGUCAGGAUGAAAAAGGAGAAGAUGUAUCAGGGAGCCUCUGCCCAGUACCUCCUCCUCCUGAAAGGAUGGCUUGUGAAAUACCCUGCCGAAUGGACUGUGUGGUUAGCCAAUGGACAGUGUGGUCAUCUUGUUCCCAGUCUUGUUCGAAUAAAAACUCAGAUGGGAAACAGACUAGGUCAAGAUAUGUCUUGGCAUUGGCAGGAGAAGGUGGAAAGCCAUGUCCUCAUAGUCAGGCCCUCCAAGAGUACCGUUUAUGCAAUGACCAUUCCUGUGUGCAGCUCUACUGGGAGACAUCACCUUGGGGUCCUUGUUCUGAAAACACGUUGGUAACAUCCCUAAAUGCCACCAUUGGCUGGAAUGGAGAAGCGACCUGUGGAGUGGGCAUUCAGACACGGAAGGUCUUCUGUGUCAAGAGUCAUGUGGGACAAGUGAUGACCAAAAGAUGUCCAGACUCUACACGACCUGAAACUUUGCGACCUUGCUUUCUCCCAUGCAAGAAAGACUGUGUUGUGACUCCUUUCAGUGAGUGGACACCUUGCCCGAGGUUGUGUCAACCAGGAAAUGCUACAAUAAAGCAAUCACGAUAUAGGAUUAUCAUUCAAGAAGCAGCCAAUGGAGGCCAAGAGUGUCCAGAUACCUUGUAUGAAGAGAGAGAGUGUGAAGAUAUCCCAGUAUGUCCUGUAUAUCGAUGGAAACCACAAAAAUGGAGUCCUUGUAUCUUAGUGCCUGAGUCCAUCAAGCAGGGAAUAAUGGGCACCAGUGAAGCCUGUGGAAAGGGGUUGCAAACCAGAGCUGUCUCCUGCAUCUCUGAUGAUAAUCAGUCAGCUGAAAUGAUGGAAUGUCUCAAGCAGAAAAAUGGUAUGCCUGUUCUUGUUCAAGAAUGUACUGUGCCAUGUCGAGGAGAUGAGUGUACCUUCACUCCUUGGUCCAAGUUUACACCUUGCUCUGGGAGUUGUGAAGCCACCCAAACCAGGAGACGACAACUCACAGGGAAAAGCAGGAAGAAAGAGAAAUGCCAGGAUGCUAACUUAUAUCCUCUUAUGGAAACACAACUUUGUCCUUGUGACAUAUUUACAUCCCAACCUUAUGGAAACUGGUCGGAUUGCAUUCUUCCAGAAGGCAAAAAGGAGACUCAGAGAGGAGGAUUCCGAGUACAAGGAGACAACAAAGAAUGUGGAGAAGGUGUGCACUUUCAAGCUAUUGCCUGCUCUGAUAAAAAUGGAAGACCUGUAGACCCUUCAUACUGCAGCAGCUCUGGUUAUAUUGAAGAAGAGUGUAACAUUCCCUGCCCGUUUGACUGCAAGUUAAGUGACUGGUCUAGCUGGGGUCCUUGCAGUUCAUCUUGUGGGAUUGGAGUGAGAAUUCGAUCCAAGUGGCUAAAAGAAAAACCUUACAACAGAGGUCGACCCUGUCCCAAACUGGAUCUCAAGAAUCAGGUGCAUGAGGCAGUCCCAUGUUACAAUGAAUGCAAUCAGUAUUCCUGGGUUGUAGAACACUGGUCUCCAUGCAAAAUCAACAAUGAGCUGAGGUCACCACGAUGUGGAAGAGGGAUACAAUCCAGGAAAAUCAGAUGUGUGAGUACUGCGAAUGUUGAAGGAGAACCGAUGAAUACUAGUCUGUGCAACCAGAAUGAAGCACCCCCAGAAACCCAGUCUUGUUCUCUCCUGUGUUCCAAUGACUGUGUCAUGUCUGAUUGGGGAACAUGGACCACAUGCCCUCAGUCAUGUGACCCCCAUACAAUGCAGAGAAGAACUCGCCAUCUGCUAAGGCCUUUGCUGAGCUCAAGGACUUGUGCCGAAGACUCACAGGUGCGGCCCUGCCUCCUUAAUGAAAACUGCUUCCAGUUCCACUACAACCUAACAGAAUGGAGUACCUGCCAGCUGAGUGAAAAUGCAUCCUGUGGCCAAGGCGUCAAGACUCGCCUUCUGAGCUGUGUUCGGAGUGAUGGCAAGCCAGUCAGCAUGGACCAGUGUGAGCAGCGCAAUUUGGAGAAGCCCCAGAGAGUGAGCCUUCCCUGCUUGGUAGAAUGUGUGGUCAACUGUCAGCUCUCAGGAUGGACAACUUGGACAAAGUGUUCACAAACCUGUGGCCAAGGAGGGCGAAUGACUCGGACUCGAUUUAUCAUUAUGCCAACCCAAGGAGAAGGACGGCCAUGUCCCACAGAGCUUACCCAGCAGAAAACCUGCCCAGUGACUCCCUGCUAUCGAUGGGUCCUUGGCAACUGGUCUACAUGUAACUUGGAGGGUGGAGACUGUGGGGAAGGAACCCAGGUGCGAAGCUUUAUCUGUAUGGUCCACAGUUCUUCCCUUUCUCAUGGAGCUAUCCCUGUAGAGGAUACACUGUGUGGAGAAAUGCCCUUUCAAGAUAGCAUCCUCAAGCAGCCAUGUUCUGUGCCUUGUCCAGGAGACUGCCAUUUAACUGCAUGGUCAGAAUGGAGCAAGUGUGAAUUAACAUGCAUUGAUGGAAGAAGCUUUGAAACCAUGGGUCGCCAAUCUAGGUCAAGGACUUUUAUAAUUCAAUCUUUUGAGAACCAAGAUAGCUGCCCCCAACAGGUGCUAGAAACUCGUCCUUGUACAGGAGGUAAAUGCUAUCAAUACAUAUGGAAAGCCAGUCUUUGGAACAAUAAUGAACGAACUGUCUGGUGCCAACGUUCAGAUGGUGUCAAUGUUACAGGAGGCUGCUCCCCUCAGGCACGCCCUGCUGCUAUUAGGCAGUGCAUUCCAGCCUGCAGAAAGCCUUUCUCCUACUGCACACAGGGUGGGGUCUGUGGUUGUGAGGAGGGUUACCUAGAGAUAAUGAGAUCAAACGGCUUCCUAGAUUACUGCAUGAAAGUACCAGGUUCAGAGGACAGAAAAGCUGAUGUGAAAAACCUCUCUGGGAAAAAUAGACCUGUGAAUUCAAAAAUACAUGACAUUUUUAAAGGAUGGUCUCUUCAGUUACUUGAUCCAGAUGGCCGAGUAAAAAUUUGGGUAUAUGGCGUUUUCGGUGGUGGUUUUCUUAUCAUGAUUUUCCUAGUAUUUACUUCCUACUUUGUUUGCAAGAAGCCAAAAGCACAUCAAAGCACACCUCCCCAUCAGAAGCCUCUGACCUUAGCCUACGAUGGAGACUUAGACAUGUAA